UGUGUCCCGGCAUGGAUAUUCGGAACAACCUCACCAGGCUGCGUGAACUGGAGAACUGCUCCGUCAUCGAAGGACACUUGCAGAUCCUCCUGAUGUUCAAGACCAGGCCCGAAGACUUCCGGGACCUCAGUUUCCCCAAACUCAUCAUGAUCACCGACUACUUGCUGCUCUUCCGGGUCUACGGGCUCGAGAGCCUGAAGGACCUGUUCCCCAACCUCACCGUCAUCCGGGGCUCCCGCCUCUUCUUCAACUACGCGCUGGUCAUCUUCGAGAUGGUCCACCUCAAGGAGCUGGGCCUGUACAACCUCAUGAGUAUCACGCGGGGCUCCGUCCGCAUCGAGAAGAACAACGAGCUCUGCUACCUGGCCACCAUCGACUGGUCCCGGAUCCUGGAUUCCGUGGAGGAUAAUUACAUCGUGUUGAACAAGGACGACAAUGAGGAGUGUGGGGACAUCUGUCCAGGCACCGCGAAGGGCAAGACCAGCUGCCCCGCCACGGUCAUCAACGGGCAGUUUGUCGAGCGAUGUUGGACACACAGCCAUUGCCAGAAAGUCUGUCCCACCAUCUGCAAGUCGCAUGGGUGCACCGCCGAAGGCCUCUGCUGCCACAGCGAAUGCUUGGGCAACUGUUCGGAGCCCAACGACCCCACCAAGUGCGUGGCCUGCCGCAACUUCUACCUGGACGGCCGGUGUGUGGAGACCUGCCCGCCUCCGUACUACCACUUCCAGGACUGGCGCUGCGUGAACUUCAGCUUCUGCCAGGACCUGCAUAACAAGUGCAAGAACUCCCGGAAGCAGGGCUGCCACCAGUACGUCAUUCACAACAACAAGUGCAUCCCCGAGUGUCCCUCCGGGUACACCAUGAACUCCAGCAACCUGAUGUGCACCCCGUGCCUGGGCCCCUGCCCCAAGGUCUGUCACCUCCUAGAAGGCGAGAAGACCAUUGACUCGGUGACGUCGGCCCAGGAGCUCCGAGGCUGCACCGUCGUCAACGGCAGCCUGAUCAUCAACAUCAGAGGAGGCAACAACCUGGCUGCAGAGCUGGAGGCCAACCUGGGCCUCAUCGAAGAGAUCUCGGGGUAUCUCAAAAUCCGCCGAUCCUACGCCCUCGUGUCUCUUUCCUUCUUCCGGAAGUUACGCGUGAUUCGAGGAGAGACCCUGGAAAUCGGGAACUACUCCUUCUAUGCCUUGGACAACCAGAACCUAAGGCAGCUGUGGGACUGGAGCAAGCACAACCUCACCAUCACUCAGGGCAAACUGUUCUUCCACUACAACCCCAAACUCUGCCUGUCAGAAAUUCACAAGAUGGAAGAAGUUUCCGGAACCAAGGGGCGCCAGGAGAGGAACGACAUCGCUCCGAAGACCAAUGGGGACCAGGCAUCCUGUGAAAAUGAGUUACUUAAGUUUUCUCACAUUCGAACUUCCUCGGACAAGAUCUUGCUGAAGUGGGAGCCUUACUGGCCCCCCGACUUCCGAGACCUCUUGGGGUUCAUGCUCUUUUACAAAGAGGCCCCGUAUCAGAAUGUGACAGAGUUCGACGGGCAGGAUGCGUGCGGCUCCAACAGCUGGACGGUGGUGGACAUCGACCCCCCGCAGAGGUCCAAUGACCCCAAGUCACAGAACCAGCCCGGGUGGCUGAUGCGGGGCCUGAAGCCCUGGACCCAGUACGCCAUCUUUGUCAAGACCCUGGUCACCUUCUCUGACGAGCGGCGCACCUACGGGGCCAAGAGCGACAUCAUUUAUGUCCAGACAGACGCCACCAACCCUUCCGUCCCCCUGGACCCGAUCUCGGUGUCUAAUUCCUCAUCCCAGAUUAUCCUGAAGUGGAAGCCCCCCUCCGACCCGAACGGCAACAUCACCCACUAUCUGGUGUUCUGGGAGAGGCAGGCGGAGGACAGCGAGCUGUAUGAGUUGGAUUAUUGCCUCAAAGGGUUGAAGCUGCCCUCCCGGACAUGGUCGCCCCCGUUCGAGUCUGAGGAUUCGCAGAAACACAAUCAGAGCGAGUACGAGGACUCGGCCGGCGAGUGCUGCUCCUGCCCCAAGACCGACUCUCAGAUCCUGAAGGAGCUGGAGGAGUCCUCGUUUCGGAAGACGUUUGAGGAUUACCUGCACAACGUGGUCUUUGUGCCCAGAAAAACCUCGCCAGGCACUGGGGCCGAGGACACUAGGCCGUCACGGAAACGCAGGUCCCUUGGUGACGUGGGGAAUGUGACGGUGGCCAUCCCCACAGUCCCGGGAUUCCCCAACACCUCCUCAACCAGCGUGCCCACGAGCCCCGAGGAGCACAGGCCCUUCGAGAAAGUGGUGAACAAGGAGUCGCUGGUUAUCUCGGGCCUGCGUCACUUCACUGGGUACCGCAUCGAACUGCAGGCCUGCAAUCAAGAUGUCCCCGAGGAGAGGUGCAGCGUGGCUGUGUACAUCAGUGCCAGGACCAUGCCCGAAGUUGAUGUGGCAGGGGCCCAAGGAACCCAAUGGUCUGAUCGUGCUGUAUGAAGUGAGUUAUCGGCGAUACGGCGACGAGGAGCUGCAUCUCUGUGUCUCCCGAAAGCAUUAUGCUCUGGAGCGAGGCUGCAGGCUGCGUGGGCUGUCACCAGGGAACUACAGCGUGAGAGUCCGGGCUACCUCCCUGGCAGGCAAUGGCUCCUGGACUGAAGCCACCUAUUUCUAUGUUACAGACUAUUUAGACGUCCCAUCAAAUAUUGCCAAAAUUAUCAUUGGCCCCCUCAUCUUUGUCUUCCUCUUCAGUGUUGUGAUUGGAAGUAUUUAUCUAUUCCUGAGAAAGAGGCAGCCGGACGGGCCGCUGGGGCCGCUGUACGCGUCUUCAAACCCCGAGUACCUCAGCGCCAGUGAUGUAUUUCCUUGUUCUGUGUACGUGCCCGACGAGUGGGAGGUGCCUCGAGAGAAGAUCACCCUCCUGCGAGAGCUGGGGCAAGGCUCCUUCGGCAUGGUGUACGAGGGCAACGCCAGGGACAUUGUCAAGGGCGAGGCGGAGACCCGUGUGGCGGUGAAGACGGUCAACGAGUCAGCCAGUCUCCGCGAGCGGAUCGAGUUCCUCAACGAGGCGUCGGUCAUGAAGGGGUUCACCUGCCACCACGUGGUCCGCCUCCUGGGGGUGGUGUCCAGGGGCCAGCCGACACUGGUAGUGAUGGAGCUGAUGGCUCACGGAGACCUGAAGAGCUAUCUCCGUUCUCUGCGGCCUGAAGCUGAGAAUAACCCGGGUCGUCCUCCCCCUACCCUGCAAGAGAUGAUCCAGAUGGCAGCAGAGAUUGCGGAUGGGAUGGCAUACUUGAAUGCCAAGAAGUUUGUGCACCGGGACCUGGCAGCUCGAAACUGCAUGGUUGCCCACGAUUUUACCGUCAAAAUUGGAGACUUUGGAAUGACCAGAGACAUCUAUGAAACGGAUUACUACCGGAAAGGGGGCAAGGGUCUGCUCCCUGUGCGGUGGAUGGCACCAGAAUCCCUGAAGGAUGGGGUCUUCACUACUUCUUCUGACAUGUGGUCCUUUGGUGUGGUCCUUUGGGAGAUCACCAGCUUGGCCGAACAGCCUUACCAGGGGCUGUCUAAUGAGCAGGUGUUGAAAUUUGUCAUGGAUGGAGGGUAUCUGGAUCAACCCGACAAUUGUCCAGAGAGAGUCACUGACCUGAUGCGCAUGUGCUGGCAGUUCAACCCCAAAAUGCGACCGACCUUCCUGGAGAUUGUCAACCUGCUCAAGGACGACCUGCACCCCAGCUUUCCAGAAGUUUCCUUCUUCCACAGUGAUGAGAACAAGGCUCCUGAGAGCGAGGAGCUAGAGAUGGAAUUUGAGGACAUGGAAAGCGUCCCCCUGGACCAGUCCUCACACUGUCAGAGGGAGGAGGUGGGGGGCCGGGAUGGCGGGUCCUCACUGGGCCUCAAGCGGAACUAUGAAGAGCAUAUCCCCUACACCCACAUGAAUGGAGGCAAGAAAAAUGGACGGAUUCUGACCCUGCCUCGGUCGAAUCCUUCCUAACAGUGCCUGCGUGGGGAAGGAGUCCCUGCCUUCACUUUCCUCUGUGUUUUUUUCAAGCCUCCGGAAAACUCAGGAUUCUCAUACUUUACCACAAUGUCCAACGGAGCUCAGAGAUUGUUCCCACACAUUUCUGUUCAUCGAUGACUUCAAACACACUUCUAUGAUUGCCAAUUUGACUGGUUGUCAGAGGAUUUAACUGUGAACCUAGAGGGGAAGGGUUGUUUUUUUUUUUUUUUUCCCCCCCGCUGCUGCCCUUUUGGAAACCACGGUUUCAAACCAGGAUAUUCUUUUAUUAUUAAUAUUAUUAUUAUUUUGCUUUUGUAGUAGAUUGAAAGAAAUCACCUGUUUUUACAAGGUGUUAUUUUUUUUUCCUCUUUUCUUCUUCUUCUUUUUUUUUUUUUUUGCUGGUGUCUGAGCUACGGUAUAAAACCUGAAACUUGUUUGUGGAACAAUAGUCUGAAAGAAAGAAAAAAAGACACCCUGGAAGAAUUCAGGAGAAUUCCAAAUUCUGUAGGGUGGGCUUCAAGGUUUUUCUCAUCCAGGCUGAAGGAUUUUUUUUUUUUUCUUCUUCUUCUUCACAAAAUCAGUUCCUCAAAUUGACCAAUAGCUGCUGCUUUUAUACUUCCCAUAGGGGUCUGCAGUCCCAGUGUGUGUUCACGUGUGUACAUGUGUAUGUGUGUCAAGGUUAGACGCAACUGGUGUGUGUGUGUGUGCGCGUGAAGUAUUCAUGCUAGGUUCAUACUUUGGGAAUCGGCUCAUGAAAUUUCUGCUCUUCUCAAGUGUCCCAGCUCAUGUCUCCUUUCUUUCCUUCUUAUUUACUGGGAGACUGUGCCCAUUACAGUUUUCUUGUGUCAUGAAUUUAGCCUCAGGUUGUCUUCUCUCCCUUCACUUUGGUGAAAACAUGUUUUCUGGGAGCCAAGAGGGGAGUUUUUAGUUUGGAGUGAUCAUGGAUCUUUUCAAGACCAAACAGAGCCAGGACAAAAAAAAAAAAAAAGGAAAAAAGUGUAAAAAAAAAAAAAACUGACAUGACAGAGUUUUGAGAAUAUAUUUGUAACAUAUUUAAUUUCUAAAAAAAAGAAAAAAAGAAAAAAACCCCAAAACUCUGGUAUUAGCCUCAUAAGUUAUUGACUAUUUCCCGAGGAAAGGGAGUUGUGGGUUGAUCUGCCUGUGUAGGUUGGGAAAUGAGGCACAAGUGGCCUCUUUGGUCUUAAAGUCAUCCAUAGUCUGGGAAUUAAGCCACGUUAGCUGCUAAUCCUUUGGACAUUGCGAGGCCACGUUGAGUGUGUGGGCAACUGAGUUUUAUAGAUGGUCUGGUUCAGAUACCAAGGUCUUCUACAAAUCUCCUUUUUGGAUAAGCUGGUAGCAACCUAGAACUGAGCCCAUCUUCAAGAACAUCUGUGUUCAUCCUUUGGUUCUGGAUGUGUAUCUCAGGAGGUAUUUCCUUGCCUGGGCAUGUCCUGCAGUUAUUGUGCAAAUGCAACCAAAUCAGAUCCCAAAGAGCAACACCAUGGAUGGUCUCUGAGAACACUAAAGCAAUAUCAAGGGAGAUGCUCUGAGAAUACCUUUCAGUCCCCGCCACCCUUGGAGCAUCCGACUAGCCUCAGUCUUGAACUCCCAAAAGCUGCUCUGUGCCCAGUGAUCUUAGCUGGCCACGUGUGGUGCCUGAACAGAAGUCUCAGGUGCUCACGAUGUUGCAAUCUCUAAGAGAGGCUGGAGGAGAAACUGUUAAAGACCUUCACAGCACAAGGAAUUUUCAAAUGGGCCUGAAUUCACAGUAUCUUCUCUACUAAAAGAACCACAGCUGCUCCGAUAAAGAACAGGUGGAACUCACUUCUUUGGUUCUUCAAAAUCAUCACCCAUGGGUUCCUCCAAGUGCAUUUUCUCACAAGUUUUUGAUUGCUUCUUUCUUUUCUUAAGAGUUGUGGGCUUAAGGAUGAGAUAAAGAUGUAAUGGCAAUCCCUGAGCCUUCUUAAUUCUUGAUGCAGGACACAGGUAGACACAAAUCCCAAUGGUCUGUUGCUAUCUUAUUUAUAUAAUUUGAGAAAUUACAGCAUGUAAAAUAUUUCUGGACAGCCUCAGUAAUUGGGUACAAGAAGCAAGAAUAUAGAAAUUAUUUUUGCCAAAUUAAUUUUGUACAUAGAAGUUCUGUACGUAAAUUAAACAAAACUUAGAUCUAGGUAUUUUGUUCUUUUCCUAGUAAAUUUGUAGUGGUCAUAUACUACAAUAGCAGCAAUUUUCACAUUUUUCUAAUUCAGAAAGGUUUUCUUAUAUUAGGGGGAAAAGUAUUUAUUUUAAUAUAUAAAAUCCUUCUAAAAUCACUUUUGUAAAAAAUGGAGUGCAUGUAAAUUUUUAUCAAAGAAAAAUAAACAGGUGAAUGUGGGAUAAUCUUUUUUUUUUUUUUCCAGCACAGUCUACCUCAGUGUAUUGUUAGGAUGUGGUUCAAUAAUGGACAUUUUUGAGACCUCAGAAUUCUACCGGGAUCCAGGCUGAAUCAAGGAAAAUGUGUACUGGCUGAUUUUGAAUGCCAAGAACAGUAAGAAUUUUGAGGGAGGGAGUUGGAAUGGAGACAGUGUGGCCCUUCAUUGUGAACAUAGAUUAUUUUCUCCUGGCUGGUAAUAGUCUUCUCUACCUAAUCUUUCUUCUUAAAAAAAAAUUCCUGUAUCUGUUGACAUCAAGCUCCCGAACCAUAAAUCAAGUACUAGGCCAGUGUUAGAUAUCUAACCUCCUUUGGUGACAGGUAGGUGUCCCACUGGGGCAAUGACAGGCUUUGGUUCAGAGCCAGGAUCCCUAUUGCCCUGGGCUCUCUGAUGAUUUAUUUCUGUCCCAUUUAGGUUGAUGGUGUUCUUUGAGGACAGAAUGAAUCGUCUUCAUGGGACAUCUCAUGCACAAACACUAAAUGCAAUGUCUCCUUUUAUUUUCUGAUUAGGAAGUGAGGCAAUCACCUAGCAUUGGGAAAUCCUAAUCCAGACCCCACCAGAGUGCUGAGCACUAUUUUUAGCAGCAAAAUGUUGGACUCUUGUGUUGAGGUUGGGAUAACCUCAAGCCGAUACUAUUUGGCCUUGUGUGGCUUCGAGAACUCAUGUGAAAGUCUAGGCAGGGCCAGUAGAGCUGUUGUCAUAUUCACCAAUCCUUGUUGCUCUUGUUGGCACUACCCUUGCAAACUCACCCUUCUCCCCCUGACUUGGAGACUCCAAGUCAGAGUGCUGGACUUGCCAUAUACAAAUGGGAUUUCACCAAUUUCAUUGAGGUGUUUUUACUGCCGUGAUGAAAAGAGUAAGCAGCUGUUGGUUUGCCAUCCUCCUUUGGCAUCAGAAAAAUGUUGACUAUAUAAUAGUAGAACGUUGGUCCUCUAAAGCCAUAAGGGUCCUAGGAGUUUGUGUGAUGGGUUCCAAUAAAGCAACGAAACUGGCUGAGGUGGACACUUUUUGUUGGUUGUUUUUAAAGAUGUCUUACUACUAUUAAAACCUUUUUAAAAAUGAUUAUUACUGUGGUGAAGUCCACCCAGUAGUUUUUUCUUCCCAGAGAAGAGUAUCAAACACAUCACUUUCUUCCUGGAUCAGUGAUGUCAAACACAAACACAUCAUUUUCUCCCUGGAUCAGUGAUGUCAAACACCCAUCAGGAAAUGUUUGUGUCUGGGAACUGUCCUGGGUGUUGCCGUCAUUUGAAGCUAGUAGAAAGGGGAAGAACGUUUGCUUCUCUGGAUACAGGCUGAGCACAAUUGAGAAGAAAUGUGGGAAUUGAUGCAUGGGUCUGUGACUGCUGGGGACUAUGCCGCUAACUAAUGGAGAGAUCUUCCACUAAAUCCCAAUGGGACUGAUGGUCCACCAUGAAACAUAGUUACUGGGUUUGGAAAUGUUUAUUUGAAGUCAUUGUAACACUGUUCAAUAGGCCUGUGCUGACCACCCUGGUAAGUGAAUAAAUGUGAUAUAGUUCCAACAAUUAUUUUUCUAUCAAUAGUUCAUGGUGGGUAUAAAUUCGGGGUUAAAUGACUUUUGGAUGUCACCUUGCACCUUCAGGUCUUCGGAAAUUAUGGUUCUCUUGGGGGUGGGGAAUGAGGAAUGCUGGUUGUAUAUAAAUGGUGCAUGUAGAGUGGUGUUACUUCAGGAUAUCUUCCAGAAUGUUCUUCGGAAUAUUAAUUUACACCAGAGGUGAGGUUGCAGGUAGAAAGGAAAGAUUGGUGCUUGUUCUUUGAAACACAUAAAAGAAUGCGAUGGAUUUUCAGGGCUGCAACUAAAAGCCAAUGAUUCCUUAGAGACCUACAAGAAACAGAGAAACAAUGUGUUUUUGAGAUCACUGUCAUUGUCUGAUCAUAGUCAAGGUCCAGAACCAGCCUCCAACUCGGUUUUCACCAGAGUGUGGGCCAUACAAAUCCUUGUAAAAAACUAGAUCAUGAAUCUGGGGCUCUUGGUCCCACUGAGAAGGGAGGAAUAGUCCCAAAGUGAGUGCGUUCAUG